CGGAUGUCCCCUAGUGUCGGGUUCCAGCCUCCUACGGGGCGGCAUCAUGCUUGGAUACCCUCUAAUACUGGGAUGCAACAUCCCGGGAUUCAGCAUGAUGCUCGGAUGCCCUCUAAUGUCGGGCUACAGCAUCCUGGGGUCCAACAUGAUACUCGGGUGCCCUCUAGUGUCAGGUUCCAACCUCCUGCGGGGCAGCAUCAUGCUCGCACUCCCUCUAAUAUCGGGCUACAGCAUCUCAAGGUCCAGCAUGAUACUCGGAUGCCCUCUGGCGUCGCGUUCCAGCCUCUCGCUGGGUGGCAUAAUCAUCGGAUGCCGCCGGCCGGCGGCAUGGUCAUAUUGCUGCCUUCAAACAUGACAUAUCCCUAUGCCACGUUUCCGCCAAACACUCAAUCCCCUUCAUCUGUCAAUGCUUCCACAGCCUCAACCCCGAGCACGUCAUCGCGCAGGCAUGGUGCAUGCAUACUGGCGGCGAAGAAGAGUUGAAAAUGACUUGAGCACUUGAAAGAUGGUGUAUGAUGUAGAUAGAUAGAUAUCUCAGUGUUAUAUUUGAAUGGAGAUUGUCACUACGCAUAUGAUAAAG